GGGCCCACCACCAGGGCCAAUCAAAGGGUACUUUAGAGAUGAUCCCGCUGCUGAGGCCAGCAGGCCUAACAUGGGCGUGGAGAUCGACUCCAGCUUGGACACCCUGAGCCAGAAGAUCCAGGGCAUCCGAAGGCCCGCCGGGAGCCGCGAGAACCCCUCCCUCACGUGCCGGACGCUGCAGAGAGACCAGCGGGAGUUGACGAGCGGCUCUUACUGGGUCGACCCCAACCAGGGCUCUCCUCUUGAUGCUAUUAAGGUCUUCUGCAACAUGGAGACUGGCGAGACCUGCGUCUCCCCGUCCCAGGCCAGCGUUCCUCAGAAGAACUGGUACAGCAGCAAGAACAAGGACAAGAAGCACGUCUGGUUCAGCGAGUCCAUGUCCGGCGGCUUCCAGUUCCAGUAUGGAGAGGAAGGCUCAGAUCCUGAAAGCGUAAACAUCCAGCUGAACUUCAUCCGACUGUUCUCCAAACGAGGCCACCAGAACGUCACGUACCACUGCAAGAACAGCAUCGCCUACGUGGACCAGGCCUCGGGCAACCUGAAGAGCGCUCUGCUCCUGCAGGGGUCCAACGAGGUCAGCAUCAAGGCCGAGGGCAACAGCCGCUUCACCUACAAAGUCUCCGAAGACGGAUGCAAGGCACACAGUGGCACAUGGGGUAAGACCGUCAUCCGCUUCAAGACAACCAAACUCGCCCACUUGCCGAUCGUUGACAUCGCUCCUAUGGAUGUUGGUGCUGCAGAUCAGGAAUUUGGUGUGGAUGUUGGUCCAGUGUGCUUCUCCUGAAAUGGAGAUUUGUUGGACUUGGUGCUCUUUUUGUCUUACGAUGAGACUUGUUUAAUGUUUCGUUUUCAAUUAUUUUUUUGUGGACCUUUUUUCUUCAACCAUCCCGUUGUCACUGUGUUUUUUGUUUUUUUGUUUUUUCGUUGUCAGAUGAACGAAAGAAAAUAAUUUGUAACUGGACACUGUAAAUUCUAGGCAAAGGAAACCAAAGUGAACGGAGGAAAAUGUGAUAGUUCUGAAAAAUCCUUUGAGCAUUUUAUUUGUUGUUCUGUCAAAUGCAGGAGAA